UGUGUGUUUGGGGGGGGGUGUGCAGCCUGGCCUUCCCCAAGCUGUACACACCAGGGCUACGCAACGCUCUCUUCAUUAAAAGGGAGUUCUUUCGCUCAGCCGUUCAUGGCUUUGUGACGUCGUGUGUGCUGUUCUUCAUCCCAUUUGGGGCGUAUUACAAUGCUAUGGACACUGAGGGGCGCAGUAUGGCUGACCAGCAGACAUUCGGAAGUGUUGUGGCCACCAUUCUUGUCAUCGUCGUCACCAUGCAGAUCUGCCUGGACACCUCAUACUGGACACUGUUUCACCACAUCACAAUCUGGGGCUCCCUCAUCUUCUACCUCCUGCUUCAGUACGCAUACAACUAUCUCCUGCAGGGGGAGUAUGUCGGAGCACUGGCCAAGGCGAUGGGUGAACCAAUGUUUUACUUCACCACGCUGCUCACCAUCGUCAUCUUAAUGCUCCCUGUAAUGGCGUGGCGGUUCUACUGGGUGGAUGUUCACCCUACACUGUCCGACAAGGUGAGAUUUAAACAGAGGCAUGACGCAAAGAUGGCCAGCCAGCGCACGGAGCAUCGCAUUGCCAGGACACCAUCUGCGCGAAGAUCUCGCCGCUCCAUCCGCUCUGGCUACGCGUUCGCUCACCAAGAAGGAUUCGGGCGCCUGAUCACCAGCGGGAAGAUAAUGCGCCCGCGAAACCCAAGACAAGGGGCGAUGUCCAAUGGGCGUGCCUCAAACUUCAGGGCUGACCAGAGUAGAGGUCCUGUUGUAGCCCCAGCCCCCUCCACCAUUGAGGUCUGAGGUGUGUGUGUGUGUGUGUGUGUGUGUGUUUUAUUUAUAGAAGGGAAACUGUGCACGGGUCAUGGAAAAUUGAAAUAAAAAGGCCCACUUGUCUGCCAGUUCCCUUACAGGUUUAAAAGUGUGUUUGUACAUGUGUGUGUGUGUGUGCGUGUUAGAAGCGAGAAAGAUGAAUAUUAAGCGAUCUUUUCCUCUCUCUCUCUCUCUCUCUCUCUCUCUCUCUCUCUCUCUCUCUCUCUCUCUCUCUCUCUCUCUCUCUCUCUCGUGUGUGUGUAUGUGUGUGUGUGUGUGUGUUCAUAACCAUCGACUUGUGCCUUCAUUGGGUGCUGCAUGAAUGGUGAUGGCAGUGGUAAUGGUGAUAGUGAUAAUGGUGAUGCUGGGAGUGGUGACCGUGGUAGUAGUGGUGGUGAUGGUGGUGGUAUUCGUAACUUCUAAAGGCACUGGGACCUUCAAAAUAUAGGCUUGGUGACUUCGGUGCCUUGGUGGUGACUUGGUGAUGACUUGGUGACUGCCAGUGUUCGGACAGUCUGUCUUGCCUUAUAGAAAACGGGAAAGUGGUCUCCUAAGAAUGCCUCCUGUGGGUUGAAAUUGUGAACAGAAAAUGGGAAAUCAAAGAAAACGGUGCUGCCUUAAGGGAAAAAAUAAAGAAAAUGUUAAGAAUUAUGUUUGGAUGUGCUAGAAAGUCAGCAAAGCAACAGAAAAUGGGAAAUCAAAGAAAACGGUACUGCCUUAAGGGGAAAUUGUUAGGGGUGACAUCGAGAAAAUAGAAAAAAUAAAGAAAAUGCUUAAAUUCGUUAGAAAAUGAGGGAAAAGCAACAGAAAACGAGAAACUGAAGAAAACGGUACUGCCUGAAGGAAUUUUUUAUGGGUAACUUAGACACAAACAAGAGAAUAAAUAAACAAUGCUAAUUAUGUCUAAAAAAAGUGACUUAGAUGCAUUAAGAAGCUUAGAAAGGCAAUAGAAAACGAGAAGAUGAAGAAAACGGAACUGUCUUAAGGAAAAUUUUAAUAGGUAACUUAGAAAAAAGUAAAUAAAUAAAUAAAAAAGCUAAUUUAGUGGAAAACUGGCUUAGACGUAUUAGAAAAUUAGAAAAACCAACAGAAAACGAGAUGAUGAAGAAAACGGAACUGUCUUAAGGAAAAUUUUAAUGGGCAACUUAGAAAAAAAAUAUAAAAAUGACUUAAAACUUAAAAAAGAGCUAGAAAGUGGACAACCAUGCAGGAGAGGGACUCGGAAAGCUAUAGAAAACGAAAUUUGAAAAAGAAAACGGGCGUGUGUGUAAAUAUAUGAAUAAACCAAAUUAAAUUGAUAAAUAAAUAAAAAAAAAUA